AUAACAAUCGGCAUUUUAUCAAUUUACUUAUUUCUGAGGCAUGUAUAUGGAAACUUUCACGUUUACACAUUUUGAUUUUAGUAAUACAAUUUUUAUUUAGCACGAUUUAUGCAGAAUGAAGAAAUAAUAUAUAUUAGUAAAUUCUUAUAGUUAAUUCUCAUUAUAAACUUAAAAAUUAUAAUGGCUGAUCUUAAAGGAAUCAACAAACAAUUUGUAGACUUUCAUAUCAAAACUCUUUCAGCUAGCAUUAAAGAACGCAAAGUUUUAUUCAAAAAUGCUUCAAAUAUUACCAAGUCUAAUGUUGGUGAUGAUAUUUGGUUAUAUAUUGGAGAAUCAUUGUUGAUUGCUUUGAGUCGCUAUCAAGAUUUAAAAUCACAGUCUUAUGUAAAGGAGUUUAUGAAAACAUUAAUGAAAUCUAAGUCUGAAUCUUGUGUCAUAAAUUUAACACCAUUAUUGAUUCAUUACGUCAAGAACUUUCCUCAGAUAAAUAUUUCAAAUAAUUUAGCAAAAACAGCUUAUUUUGGAUUUGAAAUUAUUAGUAUUAUCAUCAAAUAUUCAUUUAAAGAAUCUUUUGUAAAAUUUAAAGCUGAACUUGCGCAACUUAUAGAGUUACAAGCAUUGUUAAUAAGUGCUAUAGCUAAAUCUAAAAAUACACAUGUUUGUGAAAAAUCAUAUAAUAUUUUGAAUGAUAUAUGGCUUUGUGAAAAAGAAUCACUGGAAUAUUAUGGAGAAGUAUUUAAAAGUUUAGAUUCAAAGCCAUAUUUGUUAGUUAUUGAAUCUUAUGUAUUAAAAUCAAUUUCUUUGUAUAAUAUAUCACUUGCUGAAAAAUUCAUGGAGUCUUUUUUGAAUGUCUUUAUUAAAGAGGGUAUUACUUGCAAAAUUCGCCCAGAACGUGAAAUCAUUCAUCAAUGCUCAUUUACAUUAAAACUAGUCACAAUUGAAAUAUUUAAAACAAAAUUACUACCUUCUAUGCUAAAAGCUAUGUUGCGAAAUCCUGAGAUAAUAUUAGAAUGUAUAUCUGUAAUUAUUGCUAACUUGUCUAUUGAUCUAAGUGCUCAUUGUAGUGAAAUAAUAAAAGGAUAUUCAGCUAAUAUUUAUUCACAAAAUGAACAAGCAAGAAUUGAAUCAGCUGAUAUAUGCAAAGAACUAGCACUUAAGUGUAGUGAUGCAUCAGUUGUGUUAAAUAUUGUCAAGGAUUUUUUUAAUAUUUAUAAUGGCUCUCAGGGAAAAUUAAGUACUUCAGAACAAAAAAUUAAUGUUUUACAGGCUAUUGGAAAUUUAAGCUACAAUACUGUUGCUAAUGAUGAAAAAAGCCAAGAAAUAGCUGAUUAUACUAUAGAACAACUAAUUAAAAUUUUGGACACUGAACUACAUGAAAAAACAUUAAUACAAGCUUUGCAUAUUGUUAUGCUGUGGAGUACUUGUUUUAAGAAAAAUGUCCCUAAAUUAUUAAUAAAUUGGUUUCCAAAAGGUUAUGAUAAAAAGUCAUCAGUAUUGGCUGUUAAAUUAGCUUACAUAGAUUGUAUGGCACACAUUUUUAAAAAAAAUCAUAGCAAAUUUGCUGUUAGUAUAAUUCCUUUGUUGUUAAAAACUGUUGAAAAAUCUUCACAAUCAUCUCAGAUCCCUAUAGCUACUGAAUUUGCUUAUACUUCUUAUUUCUUACUACAAUUAGUGAAAGAAAAUCCUAAAUUAAAUGAAGAAAAUGGAUUUUCUAAUUUUUGGAGUAUAAUCUUGAACACAAAUAAAGUAUUAUUUUUAUCAGAAAAACUGUUACUUCAAUUUAGUGAAGAAGUUUUGAAUAAAAUAUGUACAUUCAGUUUACUAGUCCUAAACAUGCAUUUUGAUAAAAUAAAUGGGCCUAUUGAACUAUACUUGAGAUCAAUAGUAUUUAGUCUUUUAACAAUGAAGUCAUCAAUUAGGGCUGAAACAAAAAGAAAUGUUACAAGUAUAGUUUUGUCUCCAGGAGGAUCUAAAAUAGCUGCUUCCUUACUAAUAGAAAUAAUGAAUUUUCUUCAGAAUAAUAUUGAUAUAAUUAUCACACCUAAAUAUUUGGUGGAAGCAAUUUCAAUAUUAUGUCAGAUAAAAAAUUUAACAGAAGAUGAACAAAAAAAUUUGGCAUUUGAAUGUUUAAAACCAUCUCAUCAUCCUAUAAUAAAAGAAUACAGACCUAAUUUAUGGCUUAUGAUUUUAAAUCAUUAUCAGUUAAAACCAUCAGUUUUCAUUAGAUUGUAUGAAAAAAAGCUUAUCAAACUUUUUAUGGAAGAGUAUAAGCCUUCACGAUGCAUGGAGAACGUUCUAAGUACUAUUUCAAAAAUGAAUGGUGAUAUAAUCAUUCCUUCUAUUAUAGAAAAAAUCAGGCUAUGUUUAGUGAAUAAUAAUAGCUACAUAAAUGUUACUGAAGAAGAAUACGCUAUCUAUUUACACCCAGAAGGAGAUCUAUAUAAUAAAUCCAUUUUAGCCAACAAAGAAAAUGAAGAUACAAUUAACUUGAAAAAUAUGAAACGAGAAAGUAAAGCAUAUUCUUUUAAAGAACAACAAGAAGAAAUUAUGCUGAGGAAAGAAAUAGAAGCUAAAAAAAUCAAGGAAGGUAAAAUGAAAAAACCUGAACUAUCUCCUAAACAAAAAGAAGCUAUGGAUAUUGAAUUGAAAAAAGAAUCUGAGAUAAGAAAUACAUUGAAUAUUAUGAAUAAUGAAAUUAUAAGUGUAGUAUCCAUGUUGAAUGGUAUAAUAAUUGGAAAUCCUCUAUUAGUUUCACAAUCGUUACAAUAUUUACUCCCUGGCAUUAUAUCAAAUUUGCAAUCGUUAAUUGCUGCUCCAUUAUUGAAAAAAGUUUUUAUUGAUUUAGCUUUUUGUGCAUUUAAUGCUGAUGAAACAAAAAAAACGAAAAAUAGUCCAAAAAUUAAUAAUGGACGAAUAAAAUUAUCACAUUCCUUUAUUCAAUCAAUUGCUUACUUGACACUAAGAAAAUUAAAACCAAAAUGUCAAAUAGAUAAGAAUUGGUUAGAAGAAGAUAUAGAAAAAGCUUCAACUAGACUUGUGAAAAUGUUUUGUGAUUUAACUCGUAAUAAGAAACAAGAACUGACUUCACCAGCAUUUUGUUACUCUUUUACCCUUAUUAGAGCAGUUAUUUUAGAUUUACCAUUUGAUCAUCCACUUGUUUAUGAUAGCUUAUCAUUGUUACAAAAUCAAGCAACCAUACGUCCAAAAGCAGUUUCAAAAGCAAAGAGUAGUUCAGAUUUACAGCGACCAAAAUUUUUACCUCGUAUUCAAAUGUUUGAGUUAUUAUCAGAAAUUAUAAGUCGUACCAUUGGUAAUCUACAGGAUAAAGCUGCUUCAGCUUUUCUAACUAUAGCUAAAAGUUGUUCUACUGAGGAAAAGUGUGAUCCUGCAAGUCGAGAAGAAAUUUUAUGUUUAUUAUCUGCUUUACAAAAUCCAUGUACUAAAGUUCGAUAUACAGCUAUACAAGCUCUUAAAAUGGUUGCAGCAGCUUUCCCAACAUCAAAAAAAGAUACAUAUAUUAUUUUAAGAAUAACCAAAAGAAUUUGGAUAACUAAAUUUGAUAUAUAUGAAGAAAAUAGAAAUUUAGCAGAUGACUUAUGGGAUUUUGCAAAAUUAGAUAUAAAAGUAAAUGGUCUUUUAGAAAAUUUACUAGAGGAUGUUGUGCAUCCAGUUACUGAUGUACAGAAAGCUGUUUCAGUUGCUUUGUUUUCUUUUUUAAAAGAUUCACCUAUAAAUGCAACUAAUAUUGCACUAAAAAAACUUCUAUCAAUGUAUAACAGUAAAGUUAUAAAACUAGAAGAUAAUAUUGAAUUGGAUGAUUGGCAAGGUCGAGUUGGAGUAGCCAUGGCAUUAGAACAAUUAUCUUUGCUAUUAAGUGAUGAUAUGGUAAUUCAGCUCGUCAAUUUUUUUGUUUCUACAAGUUUAGAUGAUAGAAAUCAUGUUGUACGAGAACAUAUGCUUAAAGCUGCAGUAGCAGUUGUUAACUUGCAUGGAAAAAAUAAUGUAGAUCGUUUAAUGAGUAUAUUUGAAAAAUUUUUGAAGAAAGCAACAUCUUCUGAAAGUUUUGAUAAUGUACGUUUGGGUGUGGUUGUUUGUAUGGGAAGUUUAGCCAGACAUUUAGAUAAUAAUGAUCCUAAACUAAAACCUAUCACUAAUAGACUUCUUGAAGCACUAUCUACACCUUCACAAGAAGUUCAAGAAGCUGUAUCUAAUUGUUUAUCACCUUUAAUGCCCAUGGUAAAAGAUGAUGCUGAUGCCAUUUUAAAAAAACUUUUAAACCGUCUUUUUAAUUCUGCUUCAUUUGGAGAACGCAAAGGAGCUGCUCAUGGAUUAGCUGGUGUCAUUAAAGGUCUUGGUAUACUCAGUUUAAAGCAAUAUGAUAUUAUGAGUACAUUAACUGAAGCCAUACAAGAUAAAAAAAACUAUAAGAAAAGAGAAGGUGCCCUAUUUGCAUUUGAAAUGCUUUGUUCAACAUUAGGUCGAUUAUUUGAACCUUAUAUUGUUCAUGUUUUACCCCAUUUAUUAUCAUGUUUUGGGGAUAACAGUGAAUAUGUACGAACUGCUACUUACGACUGUUCAAAGGCUAUAAUGAGUAAACUUUCAGCUCAUGGUGUUAAACUUAUUUUACCAUCUUUGUUAAAUGCAUUAGAAGGAGAUUCUUGGAGAACUAAAACUGGAUCCGUGGAAUUGUUGGGAGCUAUGGCUUACUGUGCACCUAAACAACUUUCAUCAUGUUUGCCUAGUAUUGUUCCAAAAUUAAUUGAAGUUUUAAGUGAUUCACAUAUUUCUGUCCAGGAAGCUGGAGCUCAAGCUUUAAAAGUUAUUGGUUCAGUUAUACGAAAUCCAGAAAUUCAAGCUAUUGUACCAGUCCUUCUAGAGGCUUUACAAAAUCCAUCAAACAAAACUGCACCAUGCCUACAAAUUUUAUUGAAUACUAAAUUUGUACAUUUUAUUGACGCUCCAUCACUUGCUCUAAUAAUGCCUGUAGUACAACGAGCAUUUAUUGACCGUUCAACUGAAACUAGAAAAAUGGCAGCCCAAAUUAUUGGAAAUAUGUACUCAUUAACUGAUCAAAAAGAUUUAACACCAUAUUUGCCUAGUAUAAUACCAGGAUUAAAAAAUUCAUUGCUUGAUCCUGUACCAGAAGUUCGGACAGUUUCUGCACGUGCUCUGGGAGCUAUGGUUAGAGGAAUGGGAGAAACUAGUUUCCAAGAUCUUUUACCAUGGUUAAUGCAAACAUUAACAUCAGAAGCUAGUUCAGUUGAUAGAUCAGGAGCUGCACAAGGUUUAAGUGAAGUUGUGGGUGGUUUAGGUGUAAGCAAGCUGCACAGCUUGAUGCCAGAAAUUAUUGCAACUGCAGAACGAACUGAUAUUGCGCCUCAAGUCAAAGAUGGUUAUAUAAUGAUGUUCAUUUAUAUGCCUGUAGUAUUUAAUGAUGAUUUUAUUCCAUACAUUAAUCAAAUUAUUACCCCUAUUCUUAAGGCAUUAGCAGAUGAAAAUGAAUUUGUUCGAGAAACAGCUUUAAAAGCAGGACAACGUAUAGUUAAUAUGUAUGCUGAAUCAGCUAUUCAGUUAUUAUUGCCAGAGCUUGAAAGAGGUUUAUUUGAUGACAAUUGGCGUAUACGUUUUAGUUCUGUACAGCUCCUUGGUGACUUAUUAUAUCGUAUUUCUGGAGUAUCUGGUAAAAUGAGCACAGAAACAGCAAAUGAUGAUGACAAUUUUGGUACAGAGCAUUCUCAUAAAGCCAUUAUUGGUACUUUGGGAGCUGAAAGACGUAAUAGAGUAUUAGCUGGUCUGUACAUGGGUCGCUCUGAUGUUGCCUUAAUGGUUCGACAAGCUGCAUUACAUGUUUGGAAAGUAGUUGUAACAAAUACUCCACGUACUCUUAGAGAAAUAUUACCAACAUUAUUUACUUUAUUAUUGGGAUGUUUAGCAAGUACAAGUUUUGAUAAAAGACAAGUUGCUGCAAGAACUUUGGGAGAUCUUGUUCGAAAACUUGGAGAACGAGUUUUACCUGAUAUUAUUCCUAUUUUAGAAAAAGGUUUAGAAUCAGAACAAGCUGAUCAACGUCAAGGAGUCUGUAUUGGUUUAUCAGAAAUAAUGGCUUCUACAAGCCGAGAUAUGGUACUAACAUUUGUCGAUAGUCUUGUACCAACUGUCAGUCGAGCACUGAUGGAUCCAUUACCUUCAGUAAGGCAAGCUGCUGCUAAAACAUUUGAUAGUCUUCAUUCUACAGUUGGUCAUCGAGCUUUAGAUGACAUACUACCUCCCAUGUUAAAUAAUUUGAAUAACCCUGAUCCAGAAAUAGCUGAAAAGACACUUGAUGGAUUACGUCAAGUAAUGGCAGUAAAGUCAAGAGUAGUUUUACCAUACCUAAUUCCUCAAUUGACUCAACCCCCAAUCAAUACAAAAGCUUUAUCAAUUUUAGCAUCAGUUGCUGGUGAAGCUUUAAAUAAAUAUUUACAUAAAAUUCUACCAGCUCUAUUAACUGCUUUGUCUAAAACUGAAUCUGCUACUGAAGAAUUAGCUUAUUGUCAAGCUGUUGUAUUGGCUGUUUGUGAUGAUGCUGGAACUAUGGUUGAUUUAUUAUUAGAUGCAACACAAUCUGAUAAUGUAUCUCAAAAACAAUCAGCGUUACAGUUAUUAGCAGCAUUUUGUUCUCACACAAAAGCUGAUUAUAGUUCUUGUGUACCAAAACUAUUGCAUGGUAUUAUUUAUCAGUUUAAAAAUAAAGAUGAGAAAAAUUUGCAUUUGGCAUGGGAAGCAUUAAAUGCAGUUUGCAAAUCAGUUGAUACAAAGCAAAGUAAUCAUUUAAUAUUUGAAAUAAGACAAGCAAUUAAGUUUGUUAUGAAUGAUAACAAAAAUCUUGAAUAUUUACCUGGAUUCUGUAUACCAAAAGGUGCAGAUCCAUUUGUACCUAUUUUUAGAGAAGCAAUUCUGAAUGGUAAUCCUGAGAUAAAAGAACAAGCAGCACAAGGCUGGGGAGAAGUUGUAAAAGUGGCAGCUAAAGAAGGUUUAACAUCACCCGUACUAAAUAUGACUGGACCUCUCAUUCGUAUUUUAAAUGAACGUUAUUCCUGGAAUAUUAAAUCUGCCAUUUUAGAAACUGUAGCUUUGUUAUUGGCAAAGACUGGUAGUAAUUUAAAACAAUUUUUACCCCAACUACAAACAACCUUUUUAAAAUCUCUGCAAGAUCCUAACAGACAAGUUAGACUCAAAGCAGCAAAUGCUUUAAGUCAUCUUAUUGUGGUUCAUUCUCGUACAGAAACAAUUUUUGUAGAUCUACAUUCAGGUGUAAAAAAUUCUGAAGAUCCAGCCAUUAAAGAAACAAUGCUACAAGCUUUGCGAGGUGUUAUUUCUCCUGCUGGUGAUAAAAUGUCUGAUCAAGUACGUAGAACAGUAUUUAUGACAUUACGAGAGGGACUAGGAAAUCCUGAAGAUACUAUAAGAAGUAGUACAGCUGGUUGCUUAGGUGCCUUAUGUAAAUGGUUAUCCCCUGAACAGUUAAAUGUUGCAUUAAAUGAUCAUAUUUUAGUUGAUGAUGCAUCUUUGGAUUCAAUAUUAAGACAUGGUAGAAGUUCUGCUUUAUUUGUUGCACUUAAAGAAUCCCCAGACUCCAUAUUUAGUGCACAAUAUACUGAUAAAGUUUUAAAAACUUUACUUAGUCAUUUGCAGGCAGACAAGAUUUCUAUUACUAUGAACGGUGUUAGGAGUUGUGGUUAUUUAUUCUUACAUUUAAUGAAGUCCAAUAUGACUAUUCCUUCACAGCUUUUGAGUCCAUUUGUUCGAUUAAUGAACCAGACAAGCAAUGAGGUAAAACAAUUAGUUGCACAUAUAUGCUUAUAUUUAGGAAAAUCUGAAGUUACUUUAUCACCUGAAUUUCUAAAAUUAGUUCUUCCAAUGUUAGUAAAUGGUUCUAAAGAAAAGAACUGUUAUGUCAAGUCUAACAGUGAAAUAGCAUUAAUUGCAGUUCUUAAAUUGCAACAAGGAGAUGCCACAUUACAGCUAGGACCUGAAAUGGAGGCUUGUUUAAACUUGCUAGACAUUGGAGCUCGAGAAGCAUUAAAUGAUGUCAUUAAUAAAGUGUUACGAAAAGUAUCAUCAUUACAAAUAGACAGCAAAGUUGAAGAACUAGAUGAUACAUUAAUUACAUGAAAUUCAAUUUGUAUGCAGUUAAUUGAAAUAAAGUUACAUUUCCUUGUACAAAUGUUUGAUAUGUAUAUUGAUUUAAAAAAAAUCUGCUGCAAUAUUUUUAAAUAUAAAUAUUGUAUUAUUAAU